AAAUAAGUUAUGGUAGGAUUCUUUUCUAUAGUGUGAUCAAUAAUGUACAGUAUUACUAAGAUUGUGUGUAAUGUCAUUUUCUUAGAAUUACAUGAUAAAUUUCUGAUGAAUCUUGGACUAUUGAGUACUACCAUUCCAAUUAUCAACCCAACAAAAAUGGCACUUUUCUUUGGAGCAUCAAUAGCAGUUGGAAUGAUUUACUCUUUUGUUCCCUGGCUUUAUGAAGAUCCAGAAGAAAGCAUUGAAGAAAAUGAUAAUGAUUUCAAUAUUCACAUUACUCAAGAAAGUAAUGCACAUAAUGAAGAAACAUUAUCAUCAUCAUCAUCAUCUACUGAGAUUAGGAUCAUUACUCAUCAAAGACAGAGAAUAAGAGUUGAACCAGAAGACGAAGAAGUUCAUCAAACAUCAAUCCGUUCAAAAAUUAACAGUGAAAAUUCAACAUCAUUUUUAUGCAUUAAUUUUCCUCUUAAUGUUCAUUGUAAUACUUUACCAGAAAUCAAAUUGCUUCCAACAAUGAAAAAAGAUUUUAAUAAUAAUCAACAUCCAAGUAGAGCAGGUAUCCAAACGGAUAAGUAUUUAACUUAUAGAAAUAAUUCAAGUUUUCAAGAGAGUUGCCAACUAGAUAGUAAUUAUAAAACAUUAGUCAAUGAUGAAAAAAAUGCCGGAAUAGAUGAUAUACCUCGGCAAAAAAUUUCCAAACCUCCUCGAGCUCAUCCACCUUCUCGAGGUAAGAGUCUGAGCAAAAGUGAUGAAUGCCUGUCAUCAUCAAAAAAAAGUUUUGUUAAUGCUCAGACCCAAACUUUUGAUACUAACCAUCAUCAAGUGCAAUCAUCACUAAAUUUGAAUCAUCCUGAACUUGCUCAGAAGAUUUCUAAACUAAAAGAAAGUAGCCAAAGUACUGAUGUUGAUCAAUCUCAUAAACAUCCACUUGAUCCUCUAAUCAAUGUGAUUGUUUGUGAAAGUGAAUCUUCAAUAUUUCCUUCUUCAUCUCAUAUUGAUCAUGAAGUUGACUCUAGUUCCAAAAAUUCAAAAAACGUUAAGAAUAUUAAUAAUACCGAAAAUAAGAUUAAUAAUAAUGAAAGUGUUCCAAAGAAAGCUUUAAGAAAAAAGCAUGUUAAAUUCCGUGAACAUAAUUUCUCAUCAUCAUCAGAAUUUUACGAAAACAGUUUCAAGCAGUAUUGUAAUAAUAGAAAAUCAGCUUCUAGUAGCUUUGUUAGUGGAAUAAAAAGAGCUCUGAGUUUCAAUAAAAGUGAAAAAGAUCUAAUGAAAUCGAAAUCAUCAAUUUCAUCAGCCACGGGACGAAUUCCAUCAGGUCAUUCAACUCCGAUUGAAAGAAGUAGUAUUUCGUCUGAAGAGCAUCAAGGAUAUUUAGAUGAUGCAUUGAGGAAUGAAUCCAAGCAAAAACAUGAGUUGAAUCAGUCAGGUAAUUUGUCUAGACGUCCCAAGGUGCUUUUAUUAACUCGUGGGAUUCCAUCAUGUCUUAUCCAGGAUUUAAAUUUAAUCCAUGAAAAAUCAAAUAGCAAGUUUCUAACAUCAAGUACUAUUUCAGAGACAUCGACAAGCUCUGAAAAUUCAAAAAAUCAAACUCAAAGAGGAAAAAAUGUAGGUAUUGAAACAUCAAAUUUUACUACAACAGGAAGCAAUAGCAACGAUACUAAUGAUAAUCAUAGUAAUUAUAACAGUGGUUGGAUCUCAAGGCUAAGCAGAGAUAUGCAUCAAGUGAUUGGAGGAAUAAGGAAAUACAUCAAAGUGCCUAAAUUGAAUGGAAAUUUUCAACCUUCAAAUAGAUAUUCGGUCAACAAAGACAUAAAUAAUAAUAAUUAUUAUUAUAAUGAUAAUAAUAGUCAUAAUCAUAAUAAUAAAUAUAACAAUGAAAGUAGUCUUAAGUGUAGUAGUUGGAAGUUUAAGAGCUCUUCAACGUUGAAUAAAACUCAUAGUUUAACAUUUUUAAAGACGGAUAUAGAUUCCGAAGAAAAUUAUUGUGGAUUAUCUGAACUGAGAGAUAAAAAACUUUUUACACGAUGGUCAAAUUUAAUAUUCUGUUAGUUAUGAACAAUUGAUAGAAUUCUACGGAAAUUUGUUAUUAAUUAUUAAUUAUAGAUGCUAAUUUAUUGGUGUUGAUAUUUAUUAGAUUGUAUUAUAUUUUUCUUGAUUUAUUCAAUUAAUUAUUGUAAAGAUCCUUGAAAUAUUAUUAUAAUUAAAAGCAGCAUCUUUUGUCAUUGAAAUUUUAGCAAAAAUAAUCUAACUGAUCU